AUGCACAGCAUACGGCAGGAGGAGCUAGGUCCUAACCCAAGCAACCAGGUGAUCAGUUCACAGACAGUCAGCUCUGCGGUUUAUGAUGAAGACAGCCAGAGCAAUGGAUCCAUCAGGCAACAAAUGGAUGCCAGUAUGCAGGAGAGCAGAGAUUCUGCCAAACAGGACUUGACUGGAGUCACAAUGAAGGUCCUUGCAGAGGAGAGGUGUUCAGAACUGGUUAAAGAGAUUGUAUCCAAAGACAAGUCCUUGGUGGACAUUCUAAAACCUCUCCCUGUGAGGACAUCUGCAAUCAGUCUCAUGAAAAGCCUUUUCCAUGUGGAUAUUUCAGUAUUGGAAAAAUGCAGGAAUCGGGAACUAAAGAAAGAUUGUAGGGUGAAUGUUGAAGGUAUGUCUAAAUCACAUUCAAAGACUAAGCUGCUGCUUCAGAGGAUGUCUGAUGAAAGCCUGAAUGAAAUCACCGCUAAAAAGAUGGAACUUAUGUCCAACAUAAUCUCACAACUGGAAGAACUCUUUGCCCAAAGGGAAUCCCUUCUGUCUGAGAUCAAUGACAACGCAUCUCACGGUACCAAUAUGGAAGCCAUAGUGAAAGAGGUCUGUAAAUCCAAUGAGUAUGAGCGCUACAUGAUGUUUAUCGGAGACCUGGAGAAAGUAGUGAGCCUGCUUUUCUGUCUGACCACAAGGUUAGCACGGGUGGAAAAUGCUUUGAGCAGAACAGAUGAAAAUACGGAUGCUGAUGAGAUGCAAUCCCUAAAGGAACGUCACAGUCUCCUAUCCAGACAGAGGGAGGAUGCCAAAGAUUUAAAGGACAACUUGGACCGCAGAGAGCAAGUGGUCACUGGAAUUCUGGCCAAAUAUCUAAGCAAAGCCCAGCUAGAGGACUACAAACACUAUGUGAGGUUAAAUACAUACUUCUUGAUUGAGCAGAAAGACCUGGAAGAAAAGAUUAAAUUUCAUGAGGAACAGUUGGAGAGUCUUCACAACAGCAUUCCUCCUUAA